AAUACAGGUCUAUUUAUAAGCGUUAACUAGCUUUGGUUUUUUCCACCACCGCAAUGAUUGUCUAAUUUAUCCUUCGCGCAUAGUUGCCUAAAAAUUACGCUUUGGUUUUUUGCCGCCGACCGCAGGACUGCGUUGUUUGUUAACUGUUCGACACGAAAAUGCAUCGCGGUUCAUUAAUUGGAAUACUACUCAUAACUAUCUUAAUACUGGGCGGAAGUCAGACGGGAGAAGCUAACUGGUUUACAAACCUGUUCUCAUCGUCCAAAGCCCAGGAAGCCCAUGAAACGGUGUUCAAUGAAAACAAUCCCCAGCAGCACAAAAAUUCUUGGACGCACGAAUUAAUCGCAGCGGCCGCGGGAUGGGAAGCCAUGCGAGCAUAUGAACGCCAUCAAGCAAAACAGACCGGUCAACCGGUCAAUCAUUCCUUGAUUAAAAGUGCUCUGGCGGGAUUUGCCGCGGCGGCAAUAGACCGGCUGAUCGAAACCAAAGGACUCGACUGGGUGGAUGCCCAACGCGCAAAGACCGGUGCAGCGCAGCAAGCCGAGCGUCUCGCCAACGAGAAAUACGGUCUGAAUUCAAUGCCGGCGAGUGGGGCAAGCGGAAGUAAUCCCGAAACGAGCGAUACGACGCCAAGUGGUGAAUACCGAUGAACUUUAUGGAAUUUUUUUAUCAGACGACUGAAAAGGUCACUUUGUGCCUGAGCGAUGCCAAGAUAUUGUUAAACUGUUGCAACGCCGUAUGCAUUGAAUUUGUACAGACUAUGCAAGUGUCUUGUGUGAUCGUGGUGAAACAAGAGUUUUAUAUCCAUAGUAAAUAAAACUCAAUGAAAAAUAA